GCAAGUCAAAUAAAAAGAUGUCUCAACCUUUGAUAGUCUAAUCUUACAGUUAACUACCUUAGACCGCCAUGACAUCCAGUUGCUUUCUGAAAUCACUAGUCACAGUGGUCGUCUUCACUGCUUCAAAUGCUUUUCUGUGGUCUUCGUUACCGGAAGAAGGAGGCACCAUCACAGCUUGCCUAGGAAAUGACGUGUCAAUCCCAUGGUCCUUCACGACGAGUACGGAUGAAACUGUCAUUGGUAUCACGUGGUUUCUGGAGGGGAAUGACGGGCAAAGAACAGUGUUCGCCAGUCUCACGGAGGGAGAGUUUUUUCCUCUGUCGAGGCAAAACGUUCAGUUCGUCCCCAACGCCGGCUUCCGCUUGCAGAAUGCGAGUCUCAACGACAGGGGCAACUACUCCGUGUCCGUCAACACCCUCGACAGCGCAGGUCACGUGACGAGAAGUACCCGUUCUGCUUUUGUGGAAACGUCGACCCCUCCGGUGUGGUCUGGGGACCAGCUCGUAGCUCGCCGUAGCUCAGGUCCAGUGAGGGACAACGUCACGGGGACGUGGCACGUGACCCUGGAGUGCGGACACUUCUUAGACCGGGGUCAACCGCCGGUCAACGUCGAAUGGGUGACACCGUCUGGGGCUGUUUAUACAGAUUCCAACUACCAAAACGGUUACUUUGUCCUCCCCUUACAAUCCGUGGAGUCAGGAAACUACACUGUUCUCUCUCACAUCAAAGUCCGGCAAGCCAGUGUCUUGCCAAUGUCUCUAUGCUACUACCGAAAGCUGCUGUCAAGUAGACGACGACACCUUGAAGCUGACUGUGGUGGAGGCCAACCAAAGGGAGCUGAUGGACAAGGACCAGGUCCUGCGACAGGAGAACGAGGAGCUCAGGUCCCUGGUUCAGAACCUCACACAAAGGUUGAAUCAGCUGGAGGAAGCUCUUCAUCUUAAAGUGCGCAACCCAGCCACGUGUAUCGAUGUAAAACUUGGUGGUGGUGUGAGUGGUCUUCACACUCUUAUCCAAGACAGCUCGACAAUAAAGGUCUACUGUGAUCAGGACACUGAUGGAGGAGGCUGGACAGUCUUUCAGCGUCGACAGGAUGGUUCUGUGAAUUUUUUCCGCAACUGGACAGAAUACACAAGUGGCUUUGGGGAUCUGAACGGGGAGUUCUGGCUGGGGCUGGACCACCUGCACCUUCUGACAGCAUCAGGACCCUACGAGCUGCGCGUGGACCUGGAGGCCUUCAAUGGCACUCGUGCGUUUGCUGCUUACAGCGGCUUCAGAAUUGGUGACAAUGGCUCUAAUUAUACACUUUAUUUUGAUGCUUUCUUGGGUGGAAAUGCAGGUGACAGUCUCACAGACCACAAAGGACACGAAUUCUCCACACAGAACCAUGGCAAUGAACUUUGUGCUAACGACUGGCACGGAGCUUGGUGGUAUAUCAACUGUUUCACCUCUAACCUCAAUGGCAUCUACACACCCAACUCUACAGCUCCACCCGGUGAUGGCAUCAUCUGGAGCUCUUUCACCGGGGUAGAUGUGUCCCUCAAACGAACGGAGAUGAAAAUGAGACCGAUGUAGCGAGAGUUUUCACUGGUCGAAUGUUCUUAUUAAAGUUGAGUUGUUAAUCUAA